CAUGUUGUGUCCCUUCCAAUCAAGGCCCAAAAAGAACAGAACAAACAACACAAACACAAGCAGCGUUUCUAUUAACCUUUUUUGUGUUUUAACUUUCAACCACGUUGCUAACACGUCUCUUUGGAGUUAGCUCUCCAAAAAGAACGUAGCUAUGUGUAAUCCAAAUCCAUCUUCUCCUUCCUCAUUCGUCUCUAAUAACAAAUCCCAUGUCAUCAACCCCAGUAAAACCAUGGAUCUCCACACUGAUGAUGAACUCCAUAGGUGGCCAACCCCUACUGAGGCACUGGAGGAAAUGAAAGCCAUAGGGAAGAUCUCUGGGCCAACAGCUAUCACAGGACUACUACUAUAUGCAAGAGCUAUGAUCUCCAUGGUUUUUCUUGGCUAUCUUGGUGAGCUUGAACUUGCUGGCGGUUCUCUCUCAAUCGGGUUCGCGAACAUCACCGGAUACUCAGUCAUCUCCGGCUUGGCCAUGGGCAUGGAACCCAUUUGUGGGCAAGCUUAUGGUGCAAAACAAAUGAAGCUUCUUGGCCUAACUCUACAAAGAACUGUUCUUUUACUCUUCUCUACCGCAAUACCAAUCUCUUUCAUGUGGCUCAAAAUGAAAAGAAUUCUCUUGUGGUGUGGCCAAGAUGAAGAAAUCUCUUCCAUGGCUCAAACUUUCAUCGUUUUCGCUAUUCCUGACCUCUUCUUUCUCUCUCUCCUCCACCCACUACGUAUCUAUCUGAGGACUCAAAACAUUACAUUGCCAUUAACUUACUGUUCUGCUAUCUCUCUCCUCCUCCAUGUACCUCUGACUUACCUUCUGGUGGUAUAUUUCAAGAUGGGUAUAGCCGGAGUGGCCUUAGCAAUGGUCUGGACUAACCUCAAUCUCUUCCUCUUGCUGUGUUCUUUUGUCUACUUUUCCGGCGUGCACAAAGACUCAUGGGUGGCACCAAGCUCCGACUGCCUCCGGGGAUGGUCGGCGUUGCUCCGGCUUGCAGUUCCGACGUGCCUCUCUGUUUGUCUCGAGUGGUGGUGGUAUGAGUUCAUGAUAAUGAUCUGUGGACUUCUUCUAAACCCAAAAGCAACCAUUGCUUCAAUGGGAAUUCUCAUCCAAACAACCUCGUUAGUCUAUGUCUUCCCUUCAGCUCUCAGCCUCGGAGUUUCCACCAGAGUCGGCAACGAACUCGGGGCAAACCGGCCUGCAAAAGCCCGCAUUUCAAUGAUGGUUUCGCUCGUCGUCGCUGUGGCUCUAGGCCUCGCUGCCAUGCUCUUCACCACCUUAAUGAGGCAUAGAUGGGGUCGGUUUUUCACUGAAGAUUCAGAGAUUCUUGAACUUACCGCCAUAGCAUUACCCAUCGCCGGAGUCUGUGAGCUCGGAAACUGCCCACAAACCACCGGUUGUGGAGUGUUGAGAGGAAGCGCACGGCCGACGAUCGGAGCAAAUAUCAAUUUGGGUUCAUUUUACUUGGUGGGUAUGCCGGUGGCGAUCAUCAUGGGCUUCGUCGCCGGAAUGGGGUUCGCCGGACUUUGGCUAGGAUUGGUUGCAGCUCAGGCCUCGUGUGCCUUUCUCAUGCUAUAUGUUCUAUGUAGAACAGAUUGGAUUGUUCAAGUAGAGAGAGCCAAAGAGCUCACACAGUCUUCUUCUUCUUCCACUGCAACUUCAUUACCAGUGACAUCGCCAUUAACAGAGAACACCACCAAGCUUGAAGCUAAGAAGAUGGCUAAUCUUGAUGAGAUUUUGUGCACUAAUGAUGGGUUGAUGAAGUCAGAUUCACUUGAAACAGACCCUCUGAUAUCUAAAUCCAUUGUUCAUUGAUUAGGAGUACUUUCUGCCAUUUUUUGUCCCACUGUUGGGAACCUGAUUAUGAUGUGAAAAUUAGUCAUUUGGAUUUUACUCUCAAUGUACCAUAGAGUCUAUAGGAGGAGAGUUUUGUUCUUUUUCUUUCACCCAAUUGCUUCUUUUCUUACCUUUCUUCUAAUGUAAUUACAAUAAUAUA